GAUUAUAGAGUAGAAAAGGACAAGGAUUCUCCAAAACCUCAAUUGACCAAUCACCAGAGUCUCCUUCGUCGCCCAGGCAACUUCCAAUUUUCAAAACUUUGUUCAUCCUUUCCAAAUAUAUUCCCAAUUCUCUCUCUCGCCAUUGGUUCUUUGACGUUUCAACGAUCUUCCUGAACAAAGUGGACGCCAACGUUCCUCCUCCUACAGUUUUGAAUCGUUUCUUUGCCUGAGGAGCUCCAGCAUUUGUCCUGUGUAAGAGUUUCUGCUUGAUCGAGCAAAAGGCUGAGCGAUAGAAUGAGCACGCCGAAUUGGGAGCUGAGGAAUUGCUGUCAGCAUGAGCAGGUUGUGUUCUUAGUUACGCUUGGGGUGUUCACCGUUGUGAUCCUCGCGCUAUGGAGGACAUUUAUAAUCACUCCUUUCAAGCUCAUUACUGUUUUCCUGCACGAAGCAAGCCAUGCAAUAGCUUGCAAGCUUACCUGUGGUGAGGUGGAAGGAAUCCAGGUUCAUGCAAAUGAGGGAGGGUUAACUCAAACACGUGGUGGUGCAUAUUGGCUGAUUUUGCCUGCAGGAUAUCUUGGAUCAUCAUUUUGGGGCAUGGCUAUGAUUCUCGCAUCAACCAAUCUUCUCACUGCAAGAAUUGCAGCGGGUUGUUUGGGUUUAGCCCUUCUUGUUGUACUCUUCAUUGCAAAAAAUUGGACGCUUAGAGGACUAUGCGUUGGGUUUAUUAUUUUCCUUGCGGUGGUUUGGGUUCUACAAGAAACGACUACAGUUCGCAUACUUCGUUAUGUCAUUCUUUUCAUUGGUGUGAUGAACAGUUUGUUUUCGGUUUACGAUAUUUAUGAUGAUUUGAUUUCACGAAGAGUCAAUUCGAGCGAUGCUGAGAAGUUUGCAGAACUAUGUCCAUGCCCUUGUAAUGGAAUUGGAUGGGGAGUCAUUUGGGGAAUGAUAUCAUUUAUCUUCCUAUGUGCAUCUAUCUAUCUCAGUCUUGUCGUCCUAUCUUAAGGUUCAAAAUUUGAGUUCUGAUUUUUGGUGGACCCUUCAGAUUGCUCAAACUUCUCCCUUUUGCACCCUUUGGAGAAACCUCAGCUCAUUUGUUCUAACCAUGCGGACUUCCAGCCUUGAAAUUUUACAUAUUUUAUGUACAAAAUUCAAGUAACAUAUUCUUUAUUCCAUUGUUUUUCAAAAUUAAAUUACUGGAUACAUCUGCAGUCGUGCAGUGUCUGAUUGUUUGUUAUUUGAAUUUUGGUUAAAUUACAAUUCUAGUUAGGCUUUUAUUAUUGA